AUGAUACAAAAUACCCAACAAAUGGAAGGUUGGAAUACUGACACUGCUGCUGAAAGUGCAUCUUUUGAAAAUUUUACUAAAAGUGUUGAUAAAAUUCUUGAUCAAGUGGAUGAAGAAAUGAGUACAUUACCUACAUCAACGAUGAGUUUAGGUUUAUCUGAGGAAUCUGGAUUUUCUAUUAAAAAAUCUUGGUUGGAGGAACUUAAAACUGAGGCCCAGAAAUUAAAAUUUUGGCAAAGACUUUCUGACAUACCUACAGAGAAACUUGUCAAAUUGUUGACGGUGCUAGAAAAGAAUAUUCGAGAGUUUUUAAUUGAUGAUGACGAUGUUGAUGGCACAGCAUUUUAUGCUCGUAUUAGAGGAAAUGAGGUUUUUUGUACAUUUUUUAUUCCAAUUUCUGUCUCUUUCCGCUUUUUUUAG